AUGCAUAAUACUUGGAAACGGGAGCUAUUUUCGAUUCCUUACAUCUGUUCACUUAAAAUUGUAUCAAUUGCGAAAAACUGUACUGGAAUCGAAACCGCAUCUAAAGUAGAAGUAUUAUUUGCAAAUUUUUUACCACAUAUAGAAAAAGUGAACGAAAUUUGUAAGACAGCUCAAUAUAAUAAAAAGGCAUGUGAAGCAAUAUAUAGAGACGAAUUUAAUGACAUCGAAGAAAUUGACAAAGGAGGAUUUGGUAUUAUAAAGAGCGCGUUAACUAAUGAUGGAAUUGAAAGUUGCACUUAA